GACCGUGCCGGCCCAUAUCCUUGGAAGAAGCCUUGUACGACAUAUGAUGAGCCCCGAAAAGUCCCUGAUGAUGAGUUUACGAACCAAUAUAUAUCAGCCCGAAUUGCUACGACACAAACCAUGGCCCUGAAGAAGAUCAGUGGAGCUGGCUGGGAUGAGGCAAGACUACCCGAGGAGGUGCUCGAAGAGCCGGGGGUAAUUGCUGUACUUCGUGGGAUUGACAGUCAUAGUCAUGUUUCCUGGCGAUUACCAACCAAAGUUCAAACCUCUGGCGGUGUCCUCAACCACGCCGUCAAAACCAUGCUCCUGCUCCAGGCGAGGUUUUCUCCUAUGAUUUUCAAGUUUGGCUUCACGCAUGAUGCUGCAAGACGCUGGGAUCAUUCCGGUUACGGUUACCGAUUCGAGAAGGACCGGUGGCAGGAGAUGAUCAUCAUCUACUUGAGCCGUGAGAAAUCUGGCCCCUCAAUGUUGGAAGCUGCGCUGAUCGACAAAUAUCAAUGUCUGCCUGGGUGUCGCAACAUUCUGUCCGGAGGAGAUGGCAUCGGCACGGCUCACGCCCCUUGCAAAACGGCGAUCCUGGCUGCAAAGGCCGUGGUCGAGGAGAUACCCCAAGCUGCUACAAGCAGCAUUGGCCGACUUGCAAGAUGUGAUGAGAGAAACGGUGAGCGAGAUGUGCAUCGCUUGUCGAGACGGUGUCAUCUUAGCUUACCAGUGAAGAUGCAAGAAGUCAUCGUGCAAGGAACAACAGUUCCGGUUUUGCUGCUCAGUUCCUGGCUUUGCUUCAUGAUGAGCCACAACAUGUGGCAUGUCUUGUCCGGUCUGGAUGCACCAGAUAACGACAGGUCAUUUGCUCAAUGGGGUGCUUUCUGGGAGGCCUACCGGGGCGUUUGCCCGCAGCAUCCGAUAUUUGCCCGGGCAGCCCGGGAAGAACUCUGCCUGCAGAGAACGGCGGCAUUCCUUUUGCACGGCGACGAGGGCCGCACACGCAAAAAGUCUGCAGUGAUGGUCUUGUCGGCACAUUCGAUCCUAGGACACACAUGGGCCACCCGCUAUCUGAUGGGUGUGCUCACAAAACCAUAUUACGACCAUGACAAUGGGGAAGCUUGGUUCCAAGACUAUCUCAAGAUCUUCACAAACGACCUGUUGGAGCUUUACGAGUGCUUCAUGAACGUGAGCAAGCAAAGCAAUAGCCGCAAACCUGGUACGGGGAUUUGCCACGCUUGUCUGGCGGACCGCGGGGAUAUCGCUUGGGAGGACUUCUCGGCACCAGAGCCUGGUUGGCGAAGAACACUGAAUCAGAUAUCUCCUUUCCGUGGAUGCCCCGCACUCCUUUCUCUUCCACAUGACAGGAGCAACUCCCCGAGUUUCCUCGGACAGGAUUGCUUUCACGCGUGGCAUUUAGGUGCAGCCAAGCAGUUUUUAGGAUCAUGUUUGGUAUUGCUUGCUGAUACGUUUCCCGGCACGAGCAUUCCGAGACGAUUCGAUGCCAUGUCGGCUCACUUCCUCGCCUUCUGCAAGGACCGAAAGAUCAACCCGAAUAUUCGCAAACUCACCCGUCUGACGGUGGGAUGGCCGAGCAAGGCUGACUAUCCGUGCGGAAGCUGGAACAAGGGAUCGACUUCGACUGCUAUUUUAAGGUGGUUCCUUUUUGCUUGUGAGGACCGUUCUCAAUUUAUUGAUGAGGGUUCUCUUCUACAUGGGUCGUUCAUGGCAGCCAAGCAGAUCUACCAGUUCUUUUCGAAGAGCUUCAAAGAGCAUGUGUGGAUUCCAAGUGCCCGUGCUUUGCAGAUCAGUGGUCACGGCUUCGAUUUUCUGAAACUUCAUGAAGGCCUUGCCAAGGGAGCGCAUGCCACUGGCAGAGCACUCUUCAUGUACAUGCCGAACUUACAUCGACUCCAUCAUUUGUUCUACAUCCUUUACGAUGACGCGAAGCGCUUCAGCCUGGCUCGAAAUAUAUUGAUGUGGGAUUGCCAGAUAGAAGAAGAUUUUAUAG